UCCAUGUCGCGCAUGGGCUCGGGCCGCCCCGUCACCGGCUCCAUGGAGAAGAUCCGGGUGAUGAGCCGGCCCAUCACCCAGCAGGGUCUCUCCGGCAUCAAGACGGCCGGCAGCGGCCGCUCGCGCAUGGUGCAGGACAAGAGCUACUUCAUGGGCCUGCUGCGCACCAAGACGUCCGAACUGCGCUCCGAGGUGGCCAAGCUGCGGCGCCAGGCGGACUCGCUGAACCAGGAGCAGGCCACCUACACCACCUACGACACGCGCGUCAAGGAGAUGGCCGGCGAGCUGCUCGAGCAUCAGGCAGAGCUGGCUGACUACAACGUGCUGGUGGAGCUGAUGAACAUGGACUCGGACCGGUCGGUAGUGGACGGGGAGUUUGAGGAGCUGAGGCACAGAAACGGAAAGGAAGCACUUCUUGUUGAGAAACUGUUCAUGAAUCGCAAGGAAAAAGAAAACGAGAUACACGACGUCGAGAACCAAAUCGAUCAGGAGCGGCGGCUGGCCGACACGCUGGUGGAUUCGAUGCCCGGCGAGGUGCGGGACCGCUACAUGCGGCUGCAAGAGCGGAACGUGCAGCUGCAGACGGCCAUCGAGCACGCCCAGCAGCAGGCGGACGCGCUCGGCGCCAGGAAGAACGAGCUGGACGCCGACCUGGCCGCCUCGCCGCUGAAGCAGGAAGCGGCCGUGCAGUACGACAAGCUCAGCUACUUGGAGACGAAGAGGAUGGAGCUGCUGGACGAGAAGAACUCGCGCGAGACUCCCGAACAGGAGCGGGAGCGCCUCCUGCAGCAGGUGAAGGCAGAUAACCAGGAGAUGGGAACUCUGGAACGCCGCAUUCACGAGCUUAAGUCCGAAAUUGGAAAAGCCUCAGAAAGCUGCAGAUAA